GUUUUUGUACGGCGGAAGCGCAAAGCACGCUGGGAUCAGCAAGUUGCGUUUUUGAAGUUGCGCUCGGCGGGAAUUCUUAGAACUGGAUCUUGGAUCUUGAGCGGGGAAGCGUUGAUGAGAAAUCAAGACCCAGUGGUAGACCGAUUAGCAUUAAUGUACAGCUUCUUUGGGUAUUUGAGGAAGCCCGGCUGGACCGUAGUGGCCACGGCGGUGAAGUAGGCGUGGACAAGGCUGACCAGUACCAGUUAAGAUCGUUCGGGUCCAUGUUAAACCUGCCCUGUCCGUCCACUUGAGAAAAAGCACUUGAGAACCCUAAGAGAAGAUGGAAUCUGCAAAUUCUUUGUGUCCAGGCACAGAGUGUAAAGGAGGUGUUUUAGCUCACCUGGAAAGACUAGAGGCUCAAAUGAACAGAUCGAAUAGAAAGUCUGAAGAACCAACAGUUCGUGAAAAGGAAAGUUCUCUUAGAACCAAGAUUCGAGAACUGCAGCAACAGCGAGAUAGGCUGAGGGUGGAAGUGAAGCAGUGGCGAGCCAGAGUGAGUAGAAAGGCCAGGUUGGCUCUACCGGGUCCGGAAGAUCAGCCACAAUCUGGGAAUCUUAGGGUUAAAGAAUCUUCUGCCAAAGAAGACUCAAGCAAAACCACGCUUAGUGAACAGGAAGUUCUGGAAAAGCAGUGGAGAAACCUGAAAGCCAUUCUGCAGGCAUAUCGAUUUACAGGGCUCAGCGGGAAGUUGACCAACCGUAGAGUCUGUGUGUACAUCAGCACCGCCUUUGAGGGGAACCUACUAGAUUCCUACUUUGUGGACCUCGCCAUAGAGAAACCACUCCGGAUUCAUCACCAUUCCAUCCCAGCCUUCAUCCCUCUGGAAAAGAUAGCCACAGCAUACCUACAGACUGACGUUCAGCGCCUCCUGUUUAGUCUCUCGGAGUACCUAAAUGCCUACGUGGGAAGGAAGUAUCAGGCAGACCAACUUGAGAGUGACUUCUGCGCUUUCCUCACGGGACCUUUGCAGAGAAGCGCCCUGUGCAACUUGCUGUCAUUCACCUAUAAAGUGGAACACGGGACCCAGGCCUUCUCCUUUAGUGCCAGGUUGCUGUAUGAGGACCUCACAGCAGCUCUUCCCACAGGAGUCACUGUGACAAGGCCAGCAGGCUUGACAGACUCUCUUCCUUUAGGUGUGGAAGCAUCGUCCCCUCAUUGGGAAGAGCACAGAGCAUCCCAUGAAAUGCUCUUCCGUACCAAGACCCUGCACCAGGCGUUUGCUUCAUUUUCCAAAGAGACAGAAAUGCUGCAUUUGAACCUGGUCUCCUGAAAAGCUUUCUCUGUUUGGGACCAUCUAAAGUGAGCACACUUGUGCUGCCUGCAAUCAGGACCUGUCAGCAAAAGCUGUUGGGAGAGCUUGCGUGGGUACCACUGUAAGAACAGAUACCCACGUCCUGGGAAUCACCAGGAGCCUGUGUGUAGACAUAGACAAGUCCAUGUCUGUAGGCACUGGGUGAUUCAGACAGUCCUCCAUGAUUGCCUGUUCACUCGGUACAGUGCUCCAGAGUUGUCUCUUCCUCCUAUAAGUACCAGUGUUGAUUUGACCGUAUGUAUAUAUAUUCUUGCUGAAAAUCAGCUAAAAUGGGGGUAACUGAAGACAUUUCAUAAGCAUCUCUAGCUUUGGUGGGAGCCAUCAAUCUCUGGUAGGGCUUAUAGUUAAGAAGGGGAAGAACUUUUUAGUCUAGGGUUUGGAGCAGCAUGUUCUAGGCCACUCUUUGGUGAGAGGCAGUAUUUUUAUACUUGGGGUUUCUGUAUACUUAGUAUUAUUUCCUAUAACAAUUGGGCAGAGAACGGAAUGCAUGAAGUCACUUUCAGGACGCACUGUUGGAAAUAUGCACAUCGAUGAGGGGAGCCUCCCCGUCAUGUCUCCCUCCUGCAUGCUCCAGGCAUGGCUGUGAUCUUCCCACUUCCUAGACACUUUAAUACGCCUUUUCUCUUCAACCAUGGGGCUGUGGUGUGCAACAUGUACUGUUCCUCAGCUUAGGGCUUCUUGACAUCGUUAGGCCUGUCUGCUAGUCACGUUCUGCCGUUACAAUUCCUUCCCUUCCUCUGCUAGUCCCAAAUAGGAUCGCUAUUCCACAGGCCCAGCUUUUGGGCUUCACUCUAAAUUAGCUGCUCCCUAGAAAUCUCCAUGUGAGGGAGCUCCGGCAAACUCCCUGAAGAAUGCAUGGAUGGUAAGCCAGCAUGGGUCCCCCUGACAGAGGUUUGGGGUGGGAAGUCUGUGUCACAGUAACAGAAUUGCCACAACAGUCCCAUCAAGUUGAGUAAAGCUUUUAAUAAAACAGUCCUGUUCUUUAUCAACA